AUGGCAGAGGAGGGGUCGCUCACCCUUCAGCCCCUCGGCUCCCCUUCAGCAGUGGUGGCGGAGAGGGAGGCCUCGUUGCCGCCCACUGGGGAGCCGCUGUGCAAGAGGCCGCGGAGAGAUGGCCCCAGCCUCCGGAGGAGCGGGGAGCCUGAUGGGGCGGCCCCUGAGCGUGAGAUGCAGGUGGUGGCCGGAGGCUGUGCGGCGGCAGCGGGAGGGGAGCAGGAGGCCCAAGUGACGGCGGCGGAGUAUGGGCCGGGCCUACAGGGCCUAUCCUUGGACCCGCGACCGGCCGAUGACUUCGACGACAACGACGACGAAGAGGGCGAGGAGGAGGAAGAGGCGGCGGCGGCGGGGAUUGGGUACCGAGAUAACCUUCUGUUUGGUGAUGAAAUAAUCACCAAUGGUUUUCAUUCCUGUGAAAGUGAUGAGGAUGAUAGAGCCUCACAUGCAAGCUCUAGUGACUGGACUCCAAGGCCACGGAUAGGUCCAUAUGCUUUUGUUCAGCAACAUCUCAUGAUUGGCACAGAUCCUCAAACAAUUCUUAAAGAUUUACUGCCAGAAACAAUUGCUCCACCUGAAUUGGAUGACAUGACUCUGUGGCAGAUUGUUAUUAAUAUCCUUUCAGAACCACCAAAAAGGAAAAAAAGAAAAGAUAUUAACACAAUUGAAGAUGCUAUGACAUUACUGCAGGAAUGCAAAAAAAUAAUAGUUCUAACUGGAGUUGGGGUUUCUGUUUCUUGUGGAAUACCUGACUUCAGGUCAAGAGAUGGUAUUUAUGCCCGCCUUGCAGUAGACUUCCCAGACCUUCCAGAUCCUCAAGCAAUGUUUGAUAUUGAAUAUUUCAGAAAAGAUCCAAGACCAUUCUUCAAGUUUGCAAAGGAAAUAUAUCCUGGACAAUUCCAACCAUCUCUCUGUCACAAAUUCAUAUUAUUGUCAGAUAAGGAAGGAAAACUACUUUGAAACUAUACUCAGAACAUAUAUACACUGGAACAGGUUGCAGGAAUCCAAAGGAUAAUUCAGUGCCAUGGUUCCUUUGCAACAGCGUCUUGCUUGAUUUGUAAAUACAAAGUUGACUGUGAAGCUGUACGAGGAGAUAUUUUUAAUCAGGUGGUUCCUCGAUGUCCUAGGUGCCCAGCUGAUGAACCACUUGCUAUUAUGAAACCAGAAAUUGUCUUUUUUGGUGAAUAUUUACCAGAACAGUUUCAUAGAGCCAUGAAGUAUGACAAAGAUGAAGUUGAUCUCCUCAUUGUUAUUGGGUCUUCCCCAAAAGUAAGACCAGUAGCACUAAUUCCAAGUUCCAUACCCCAUGAAGUGCCUCAGAUAUUAAUUAAUAGGGAACCUUUGCCUCAUCUGCAUUUUGAUGUGGAGCUUCUUGGAUACUGUGAUGUCAUAAUUAAUGAACUGUGUCAUAGGUUAGGUGGUGAAUAUGCCAAACUUUGCUGCAACCCUGUAAAGCUUUCAGAAAUUACUGAAAAACCUCCACGUACACAAAAAGAGUCAGCUCAUUUGUCAGAGUUGCCACACACCCCUCUUAAUAUUUCAGAAGGCUCAAGUUCACCAGAAAGAACUUCACCACCAGAUUCUUCAGUGAUUAUUACACUUUUAGACCAUGCAACAAAGAGUAACGAUGAUCCAGAUGUGUCUGAAUCAAAAGAUUGUAUGGAAGAAAAAUCACAGGCAGUACAGACUUCUACUAGGAGCACUGAAAGUGUUACUGAACAGUUGGAGAGUCCGGAUUUGAAGAACAUUGGCUCCAAUACUGGGGAGAAAAAUGAAAGAGAAACAGUGAGAAAGUGCUGGCCAGCCAAGCUCGCAAAGGAGCAGAUUAAUAAACGGCUUGAUGGUAAUCAAUCUCUGUUUUUACCACCAAAUCAUUAUAUUUUCCAUGGUGCUGAGGUAUAUUCAGCCUCUGAAGAUGAUGUCUUAUCUGAUGCUGAUAUUAAUGAGAGAGCUGGAGGAACUGAAUUUGGAGCUGAUGGAGGUGGUCAAGAGGUAGUUAAUGAAACUAUAUCUCUGAAACAGGAAACAACAGACAUUAACCAUCCAUCAAACAGAUCAUAA